AUGGGUUAUACGAUUGAUGACGUUUUUAUAAAGAUUGGUGAAUUUCGUCAAUAUCAAUGGUACAUUUUAACCAUUUUUGGAUAUACAUCAUUAUCCAUUUCUGCGUUUCCUACUAUGAUAGUGACGUUUAUUGCAGCAGAACCAGACUGGAAAUGCGUUGAUGGAUAUAUGAAUAAUACCGUAUGUAGAUUUAACAAACCAAUAACAUUAACCAGUGAUGAUUACAAAGCAAGAUGUAAAAUGCCGAGAGAAGCUUGGACGUUUGUAGAUGACUUUACAUCCACUGUUACCGAGGUAGGAAUGCAUAACAUUUGA